AUGUAAAGGAGUAUAAUAAGAGCCCAAAUAGUCAAACAGGUAAUAUGUUAUUAUCAUUUGGGAAUAUGGAAAAAGUUAUACUUUCGAUAUUGAUCUUCGUUUGCCAUACCCAUCAGAGGCCACAGCUCGAAGUAGAUGUAUUGACUACAACAGAGCCGACCGAUACUACUACCGAAGAGACCAAGAGCUCGGAAAAAAUUUCACAAGUUACGGAAGCCACUGCGGUGUCGGUUCAAACUUCCGUUAACUUUUCGUCGUUCAGUCCGAGCGCGGUUUUUGAAGACUUUAAGCCCAGCAAUUAUUAUAGGCCCGACGGUAACCCUAUAUUUGAAAGGCCUAGUCCGCAAGUCUCUCACGAAGUUUUCCACAAACCCGAAUACUUUGCAAGACCCAAUAAUCAAGCAAACAAAUUGCCAACGAAAUCCAAAGACAAUAAUGUUAUUUUCCCGCAAGCGACCCAAGAACAUUACUCCCAAUAUUCACAAUUCGACAACCGAUCUAACGGACCGGAGUCUAGGGGUCCAUAUAAGUUCACCGAAGCCUUACCUCAGCAUCAGUUCAAGCCGAUGAAACACGAUUUUGGUGGAGAGCUGCCUUCCAGUGCUUACGAUAACAACUUCUACGAAAGGCAUUUUGGAAAGUAUCACGGGAACGAGAUGUCGCAAUAUCCAGACAUAAUACACGAACCACCAAAAAUCUAUCACAGCGUCACCACUGCUCGUAAAAAAGACCCCUGGAGGUCCAUGCUUAAGGUGUUGGCCACUAUCCUGCCGGUUGGUCUGUUGCUCGCAUCCUUUCCACCGACUGUCAUCAAAGUGAAUUCCACGCAAUAUCCCUACCAGUUCCAAAAGAAUUCGACUGCAUACAAUACAAAUGUUAUUGCUGGGAGGUAUAAGGCAUUGAGGGAGAUAAGCACGGAAUGGAAAAUAGACGGAGGAGACAAAUCGCCCGGAUAUUUAGACAAUUGUUUAAAAAAAAAAAUAUGCGAAACCAUAAAGAGCAACUAUUCGCAUAGUCAAUUGGAAACUCUACAGCAAAACUAUAAACCAAAUUGGACCACGGACAAUGGCCCGACGAUGGUGGAAAUCGCAAAAGCAGCCGCGUCCGCAGAGUCGGAAUCGUGUCAAGUAUUCGUUUGCAGUGAUUGAACAAGCUGGGCGUCGCUGUAGUGCUGUUAUGUAUAUAGCAUAUACAUUUAUUAUUAUAUAUAGGUACCUACUGUCUGCAAUAAUAAUAAUAUAAUAUACCAGGUAGCUCGUAUAUAUAGGUACAUUUUUAUAAUAUCAGCACGGUAACCACAAUUUUUAUGUAUACCGAUCAGACCGCGAGAAUUCCAUUAAUGCACGGAAUGCAGACACGUUUUAAUGGCUGGGUAUCGGAAGUUGACUUGGCCCUGGGCGAACUUUCGUUCCGCGAUAGCCAUAAAUAAAUAAUAAUAAUAAAAAACCAAAUCUGCUGGAUGAAUAUUUCAUCUAAGAAUGUGGUUGAUGACACAUUCUUACUUUACGGAUAUCGCUUUCUUUUGUAGCUUUUGACGCGAUCCUCAAUCAUAGACGAAUA